CCUCACACAUCUGUAGCCGAGGGGCUGCUCCCGAGACCAGAGGCUCCGCAGCGGGGGAGAGAUGAGCUGAACCUGGGCUUCUCCACGGAUACUGUCGGAAAAAAACAACCAGUGUGGGUGCGUGGAGCGGAUAAACGGGACUUGUUUUAAUAGGUGAACUCGGGUGUGACUGUGUUUAAAGAGCGGAGGGAGACAUUUCGUCGUGUUUCCACAGAGCGAGGACACCGGAGGAAAAGUUUUAAAUCCCCUGCGCUGCUGCCCGGGAGGAGGAAAGGUGAGCCCGGUGCGACGUGCACUUUCCCCGCUGACAAGUUUGUUAACAACCGUAUUCAUCGGUUUGAAUUUGAACAACGUAUCCGGGGCUUGUGUGUUUGUUUCGUUUCGCUGCCCCGCUCUCGGCUCCGUUCAGCAGCAUGUCUGACAAGUGCGUCGCGUAACCAGUUCAUCCAGCUCGGCGGGGAGUUUCGGCUCCUGUUUGACGGACUUCCAGUUCAUCGCUCCUCAGCUGCCGGGAAGAAGACACUUCGCCACAAUGUCCGGUUUGAGCAACGUCCACAUGAAAACCCUGGAGGACCUGACCCUGGACUCGGGCUACGGCGCGGGGGACUCCUGCAGGUCCCUCAGCCUGUCCUCCUCCAAGUCCAACUCCCAGGCGUUCAUGACGGCCCCACACCGGGGCAACUGGUGGUACUACUCCGGCUCCAUGAACAGCAGGAACAACAGCUGGGACACGGUCAACACGGUCCUGCCCGAGGACCCGGAGGACAUCUUCUCCAAGUGCCCGCGCUUACCUGAGCUGGAGGAGUUCCCCUGGACCGAGGAAGAUGUGGCCAAGAUACUGCGCAAAGUGGCCGCGAGUGGGAGCGUCAAGGGGGGACACGUACCGGUGUUCUCCCCGGAGGCCGUGCGGAGGCUGUCCGGUCUCCUCCGCAGGGCUCUGAUCCGCAUCUCCAGGGAGGCGCAGCGGCUCAGCGUCAUGCACUGCCGCUGCACCCGCUUCGAGGUGCAGAGCGCCAUGAGGCUGGUGCUCAGCUGGGCCCUGGCCGACCAGUGCGUCUCCGCUACGGUCAAGGCGAUCUCCAUGUACAGCAUGAGCGCCGGGGAGCUGCUGAGGAAGGGCAAGUCAGCCCGGUGCGGCCUCUCCUUCUCCGUGGGACGCUUCUUCCGCUGGAUGGUGGACACCCGCAUUUCCGUGCGCAUCCACGAGUACGCGGCUAUUUGUCUGACCGCCUGCAUGGAGGCUCUGGUGGAGGAGGCAGGGGCUCGGGUGCUGUCAGCCGAGAGGAGUCACCCGGGGCCGGACGCGUGGUCGGGUUGCGCCCCGGUGAGCGCAGAGGCUCUGGAGGUGGUGGUGAACAAUGACGCGGAGCUGUGGGGGGUCCUGCAGCUCUACGAGCACCUGAUCUGUGGGAAGAACGCCAACGGUGUUUUGUCUCUUCCGGCCCAUUUCAGUCCGUACACGGAGAACCAGCAGACGUCUGUGGACAGCAGGGAGGAUGCCUAUGCCCAACUGGAGCUGAGGACGCUGGAACAGUCCCUGCUUGCUACCUGUGUGGGCAGCAUCUCCGAACUGAGUGACUUGGUUUCCCGUGCAAUGCACCACAUGCAGCGUCUGAGCUCCGUGCGCCCGGGGCUGAGUCCAGCUCGCCACACCCGUCCCCAGCAGCCCGUGUCCUGGUCGCCUGAUGCCCUCCACACCCUUUACUACUUCCUGCGCUGCCCACAAAUGGAGUCCAUGGAGAAUCCCAACCUAGAUCCCCCACGCAUGGCACUUAGCAAAGAGAGGCCGUUCCUGCUGCUGCCGCCUCUGAUGGAGUGGAUGAGAGUGGCCAUUGUUCACGCUGAGCAUCGCAAGAGUCUGCUGGUGGACAGUGACGAUGUCAGACAGACCGCACGUCUCCUCCUGCCGGGACUGGACUGUGAACCAAGACAGCUGAAGCCAGAGUGUUGCUUCAGCUCCUUCAAACGUCUGGACUCCAAAGCUGCCACAGACAAGUUCCACCUCGACCUGGGCUUUCGGAUGCUCAACUGUGGGCGCACGGACCUCAUAGGCCAAGCCAUCGACCUGCUGGGGCCAGACGGGGUCAACAGCAUGGACGACCAGGGAAUGACUCCACUGAUGUAUGCGUGUGCAGCUGGAGAUGAGGCCUUGGUCCAGAUGUUGAUCGAUGCUGGGGCCAACCUCGAUGUGGCGGUUCCUCCUUGCUCCCCAAAGCACCCCUCUGUGCAUCCUGACAGUCGACGCUGGGCCGCCCUCACCUUCGCAGUGCUGCAUGGACACAUCUCCGUUGUGCAGCUCCUUUUGGAUGCAGGGGCCAACGUGGAGGGGGCCGCGGUCCGCAACGGCCAGGAGAGCACAGCAGACACGCCGCUGCAGCUGGCCUCCGCAGCAGGCAACUACGAGAUGGUGAGUUUGCUUCUGGCCCGGGGCGCCGACCCCUUAUCGAAGACCCACGACGGAAAUGCCCUCACGUCCUCGCUCUAUGAAGACAUGAACUGCUUCAGUCACGCCGCCGCACACGGACACAGGAACGUGCUGAGAAAGCUACUGACUCAGCCGCAGCAAGUCAAAGAGGACGUCCUGUCUCUGGAGGAGAUCUUAGCUGAGGGGGUGGAGGGUGAGGAGGCCGGGAUCUGCCCUUUCCUCAAACUCUCGCCGCUCCCUACACCUUCUUCCGCUUCUUCCUCUUCUGGCCCGGGGGCUCUGCCAGAGGUGGGCAUCCCCAGGCUCUGCAAGGCCAGGAUGAAGGCUCUGCAAGAGGCCAGCUACUACAGCGCCGAGCACGGCUACCUGGACGUCACCAUGGAGCUACGAGCUAUGGGCGUACCAUGGAAACUCCACGUGUGGCUGGAAUCUCUGCGUUGUGCCCAGCAGCAGUCGAGGGCCGGGGUCACCCUCUCCCUCCUCAGAGAGUUCACCACCACCAUCAGAGAAGAGGACUACUGUGAGGAGCUGGUCACCGUGGGCCUGCCCCUCAUGUUCAAUAUCCUGCGUACCACCAAGGUACAAACUCAAACUCAUUAUCAUCAACCAUAUAAUAGUAAUAAAUUGCCUUUAUUUAAUAUAAUCCCCUUCUCCUUGUUCAUUUUCUUCCAGAAUGAUGCCAUUAUCCAGCAGCUAGCGUCUAUUUUUAGUCACUGUUUUGGCCCAGCACCGCUUCCCUCCGUCCCCGAGAUGAAGGCGACUCUUUCAGCUCAGUUGGACCCUCACUUCCUGAAUAACCCGGAGAUGUCGGAUGUGACGUUUGUGGUGGAGGGGAAACCGUUCUACGGCCACAAGGUGCUGCUGGUCACUGCUUCUGACAGAUUUAGGUCUCUGCUGGCAUCUUCUGGAUCAGACGGAAGCCCCAACAAGGAGGUUGAGAUCGGUGACAUCAAGUACAACAUUUUCCAGAUGAUGAUGUCAUACCUGUACUGUGGAGGAACUGAGUCACUGAGGACUAAUGUGCCCGACUUGCUGGAGCUGUUGUCGAUGGCGAGUCUGUUCCACCUGGGGGCGUUACAAAGACACUGUGAACUCAUCUGCUCUCGUCACAUCAACCUGGAUAACGCAGUCAGCAUCUACAAGACAGCAAAGGUCUAUGGUUCGCUGGAGUUGAGCUCGUUCUGUGAAGGUUACUUCUUGCAGCAGAUGCCUGCUCUGCUGGAGAGAGAGAGCUUCCGGAGCCUGCUGCUGGGGCCCCCGGGGGCCCGACAGGGGAACCACCCCACUUCUACGCUGGUUCACAGCCGGGGAGACUCACCUCUGGAGGAGCUGGAGGCCACGCUGGCUCAACGUCUGCGCUCUCUCUGCGUCACCUCCCGAGUCUGAGGAGAACACGAUGCACGCAGGGGACAAGAGGACAGAGAAUGUGGCAGCGUCGGAGCGGAAGUUUCAUUAUAUCACUGGUCCAGGAUCAGAUCUGUGGAGAGAUGUCCCAAUGGUUGAAGUACAGAUGUUUUCCUAGUAACAUCUGAUCCUGGCCUGAGCAACAAGCAGCUUCCACAGUUCUCUGACGCCGGGACACGCUCCAGUGAAAUGUUUGGCAGCAGUUCCAUGUUGCUCUGUGGACAAAUCGUGUUUGGUGCCAUCGCUCCAUGUUGACAUUUAUUGUACAGCAUGUUUAUGAAGAAGUGAACUGGACGAUGUGAUGGUUUUCUCCUCGGCUCCGGAAGCUUCAACGGGGAAUCAACAGAUGGAAACAACAGGUGGCUCCUCUGGAUCGUGAAACACUGCUGCCCUCUAAUGGACAAAACUGGCAAAAUACACCUCUGCCUUGGAGGAUUGGGAUCAGUGGCUCUCUUGGUUCUGACAGAAGCCAAGUGACGUGUUUAUAGACUGAAGCAUCUCCUAAAGAAUCAUGUGAGACAGCCAUGCUGGACUUUUGGCUUUGUCCUAUUUCAUCUAACUAUGCAGAGUGGGAGGACAGGGGCCAGGACCUCCUGCAGCGACGUAAACUCUGGAGAAACAAAAGUACUUUUUGUAAAACCGGUUUCAUUUUCUGUUUUGAAAGUACAACCAGAGAAACACUUACUGAAGAGUGGGAUGGACAUUUUCUAUUUAAAUGAGAAAAAAAAAAAAGAUGUGAGAGUAUUUAACGGGGGUGUUCCCUUUUUAUUUUGUUUGUAAUCCAAGCUAAUUAUUAAUAUUAUUGUUUCAAAAAAAGUAGCUUUUGUGUAGCUGAGGUUUUUUCCAGGUACACUAACCCUUUUUGAUUAAGCUUAUAUAUCUAUGCUGAGGUUUAAUGCUUCUACACAGGUACAGCAGCAGAAUCCAACGUGGGGUUUGGACGACACAGGAUCUGUUGUAACGCUGAUUAUUGUAAUAAACCUGGUGAACAAAUCUG